GCCAUUUUCUCCGCUUGACAGCAAAAAAGUCUAAAAAAUUGUGUAUCAUUACUUGCUUGCUUUUAUGUUACAAAAUUGCAUCAAGCCCAUAAAACGUGGUUAUAAUUUUCUAGAAAUGUUAACAAAUAAAAGCACACAUCAUCGGAUAUCUAAGUUCUAGUGAAAAACUCAUAUUGACAAGUUAACCUAAUCUGCUUCAAAAUGGAUUUGGACGAGCCAAAUAAACUGUUGAAUACUGAUGAUUUACCCAAUGUAAAUAUUCUGAAUUAUCAGCUAGCAAAACCUAAAGCUGUAAACGAUGGUGCUACGCCAAAUUACAGAGUGGAUUUGACUACAAAAAGAGCGGUAGAACUUCUGCUCGAAGGAACGCUUCGAAGCAAAGUUUGCCGCUAUUGCUUGAGUGUGGCGUCUCCUCUCUCGGACUUGGACCAAAUAAUGCAGAUAGCAGGCAGGGGCACGCUGUACAAAGUGACUAUACGUGAUAUGGUUGCUUGUUUCCACCCUUUUAAGGCACUGAAUGAUCCCAACUUCCCAAGAAAAAUCUGCAAUAAGUGCCUUAACCGUUGCAUCAGUGCAUAUCUCUUCACACAGCAGUGUGAACAGUCUGAGCGAGCAUUACGGAAUUGCUUUGAAGACAUAUACGCUAAAGUAGAAAAGCUAGACCCUCUAGAUAAAACAAAAAAACGGGGUAGACAGAAGCGAAACCCAAAUUAUAAUGUCUUAUACACAGAUCACGCAAAAGUGAUAGAUUACGCUGAACCAAUCAGAAAUAUUGUAAACGUAAGAUCUGUGUCACUAAGUCAUGAAACAGUCAUGUCCGAUUUAGAAUGCCCUAAGUGCUGGCAGAUUUUUACUAAAAUUGAAGAUUUGAUUAUACAUGAGAAAAGUCAUCCCAGUAACGUGUGGUUCAACUGCCGACUGUGUGGAAAGUCGUUUGUAAAACGCUUGCAACUGAAACGGCAUUUGAAAUCACAUGUAGGUUCGGAAAUCGAGCCUGAUGAAAAACACAAUUUUCAAUGUGGGACAUGUGGUUUUGGGAGCGAGGACCAUAGUGCGUACUUACAGCAUAUUGAGAAGCAUAAAUUCCAGUCGGUUCUACAGCAUUUAGUGGAGAAGAAGAUGGAUAAACUGUGCACAGUCUGUUUGGAUAAGAAACCGAAGCUUGUGGAGUUGGAUAAGAUGGUGCGGUUGCACGGAGGAUAUCCUGGAGUUACUGGUGACAAGACCCUUUAUAGCAUUUUGGGCUCCACAUUGCCUGAUAUGAAUUCUGCAACCAACUACACAGGAACAAAAAUAUGCGAACAGUGCCUUGACAACGCUAUAACUUCCUACGUGUUCAUCAACCACUCAAUCUACACCCGAGACAGACUUAAUAUCUGCGUCUCAUCCAUGCUAGAUAGCCUAAACAAAGUUGACCAACCAGAAAACAAUAUAUUCAUAGAAAUAGCUAAAGAAUCUAUUUUACCAAUAAAAGAACAAGACUAUUUCGAUGAUAACCUCCUACUUGAAGAAGAAGAUGUUGAUGAAACUAAAUUAAAAGUAGAUGUGCUUGAAGAUGAAUUCAGGAAACCUGAUACUGAUGAGAGUGAAUCGGAACCCGAAAUAAAAGAUUACAUCAAUGCUUUCCUUAAAGAAGAGAGUCAAGAUAUAGAUGUAUUCAAAGAUUCAAGCGAAAUUAAGGAGGAGAAGAAUAUUGAAAUUGACAAUCCAGCAAAAAGAGUUACAAAGACAUAUACUAAUAGAAAAUUAGUAAAUGGAUAUCAAGUAAAAUAUCCAUCAGAUAAUGAUGAUUAUUCUCUUGAUGAUGUCAGCGAAUUCCUAACAUUUAAAAAGAAAAAGAAGUCUAAUAAACAGUAUUACAAAUACAAGCUUAAAUGCCCAAUGUGUAGCAAAAGCUUUAUAACUGAUUUCCAUCUUCAAAGACACAUUUUGAAGCAUGUUAACAAGAAGGUUAAAUGUCAUAUUUGUAGCAAAGAGUUUAAAUCGAAAUUCUUCCUAUACGAGCAUAUUAAAAUGGUCCAUAUUCUCGAUAAGGCUAGAUUCGUCUCUUGUAAAACGUGCGGCAGAAGUUUUGGGAAUGAAGACAGAUUGAAAGUGCACGAGAAAUCUCAUUUGUCGAAAGAAUGUCAGUUGUGUGACAAGUUAUUUGCUAGUCAGCGACAUUUCGACAGUCAUAUGCAAAGGCAUGCUGUGAAAUUGAAUCUGGUGAAGAGUAGUACACAAAUUUGUAGUUUCUGCGAGAAAGAUUAUACAAACGAUAACCAGCUUGCUCUACAUGUGAAUAAAGUGCAUUUGCAAAUCAAACCUUAUUCGUGUGAUAUGUGUGAAAGGCAAUUCUAUACGGAGAGCAAUUUGAAUAAACAUAAAAAGACUCAUAGUUUGAAAUCUAAAGAAAAGUGUGAAUUGUGUAAGAAGAAAUUCAAUACGAGGAAAGCAAUGGUCAUACAUCUUAGAAAACAUACUGGUGAAACCCCUCACCGCUGUCCGCUCUGUGGCAAAUCAUUUUAUUCAGAAAUAAAAGCUAAAAACCACAUGAGAAACUACCAUGGAGGAACUUUGUACUGUAAAUUGUGUAAAAGUGUGUUCUCAAGCAAAUAUGACCUAAAAUCUCAUGUUAUUAUGGUUCAUAACAAUGCGUUGUUAUAGCAUACGUUUAGUAUAGAUUUAUUAGUGUACAGAUAAGUAAAGAGAAGACUAUUGGUUAUUUUUAUUCUGAUAAAAAUUGACUUGUGUAUUUAGAAUAAAUAAAAUGAAAAAUAAAUGAAUAUACAGAUAUAGAUCAUAAUAAAUAUUUUCUGUGUAAUUAUAACCAUCUCAUAUACAAAUUUAUUUGUCAAUAACUUGUAUGUUAUUAUAAUGAAUGAAAUAGAUUUUUUUACAACAUAGGUGAUGCCUCUUCGGUCACCAAAAUGAUUACUUUCAGAACUCUGAACAAUGAAUCUUUUUUAAGUUACUAUUUUUCUUGUCAUAUUUUGCUAUUUUCUGUUUGUGAUGGCACAAAAUGAGAAAUAACUGUUCGUCUUAAUGUAUAUGUAUGAUUAACACAUGUUUUUCUGCUUCUCUCUCAAUAGACAAUAAUGAAUAUGAAUGCAUAAUAUUGCAUUUUCUUUGUGUAAACCUAAUUAAUACCAAGUCGUAUAGUUUAAUUUUAUUGUAUUUAGAGUCUAACAUACAUUCAAUAGAUUAUAUUUAUUUAAGCUUAAGAUUACUCUUUUUUUUUAGUAAUAAAUGUUUACAAUGAACUUGCU